CCGAGGCUUGACACCAUAGCAGAGAUGGACGACCAUGAGACCAUCGCGGCCCUGCGCCGGGAGCUGGAGAGCGCCAAGGACGACCUCUUCCUCAAGACGGACGACUACGACCAGCUCGUCCAGGCCAGCGCGCAGAUCGAGGCCGAGCUCGAGAAGGCCCUCGACGACGCCGAGGAGGCCGCCAACAAGUGGCGCUACUCGGCCGAGCGCCUCGAGCAAGAGCUCGCCGACACGAAGGAGAAGCUCGUCGUAAGCUACCAGGACGCUGCGUCCGUCCAGACCGAGCUCGAAAAGUACAAGGAGCAGGCGACGACGCUCGCGACCGAGAAGAUGGCAUGGGAGACCGACAUGGAUCGCCUCACGACCCAAGUCCGGAUCCUCGAGGCCUCGACGUCCGACCUCAAGCACCAACUUGAGCGCGCACUCGAAGACAAGGUCUUUCUCCAGAACGACUAUGACGAGAUCGAGAAGGAGCACGAGCUGACGACCGAGCGGUUCCGGACCGAGAUCCUCGACCUCAAGUCGGAGCUCUUUGCGUUGCAGCUGCACCAGAAAGCCGGCGAGAGCAGCGCGCACAUGCCAUCGUCGCCGCUGCUCCCGACGUCGCCGUCGUCGUCGUUUGAUAACGACAGCAUGGACGACGACCUCGACGAGCGCGCCGAUUUCGACAACAACAACAACGACGAGGACGACGACGAGGACCUCGAAGAGCAUGAGGGCCUCCGCAACGGUGACGAGGACGACGAAGACGACGAAGACAUGCUCUUGUCGCCCGAGUCGGACGCGCCGCUGCGCCACAUUUCGUCGGCCGACCGCGACGCGGAGGAAUCCGAGCGGCAGAUCGUCAUCCUGGAAGAAGAAAUGGAGGAGCUCGCACGGCGCCUCCAAGAAGAAGAAGAUCGGAGAAUGGAGCUCGAAGAAGAGCUCGUGGAACUCCGCGACAACGAAGCGCACAUCCAGGCGAUGGAGACCGAGAUCAGUGAGAUGUCGGACGAACUCAUCGAGAAGGCGCUCGUGAUCAAACAGACCGAAAGCGAGGUUGAGCGCUUGCAAGGGGAGCUCGCGACGAUGGAAGCCACCUUGGUGUCGACCAAGGAAGAGUUUGCCCUGGCACAAUCGCAGUUGCAGACGCUCCAGUCAUUCCAGGACGACCACGCCAACUAUGUGGCGCUCGAGCGCUCGAUGAACGAGCUGCAAGUCGAGUGCGCACGCAUCAAGGAGCUCAACGACCAACUCUCGGUCAAGCUCGACACGGAGCGCACGCGCCAGAGCAUGCUCGUGCAGGAGCUCGAGUCGUCCAAGACGUCGUUCGAGAGCCUCCAGACGCAAUUCGACGAGCUCAUGGACAAGUACGAAGGCGUGCAGCGCGACCUCGAAAAGUCGCGCCACGCCAACGCGAUGGCGUCGCCGUCGCAGCAGAUCGAAGGCGAAAUUGCGCAGAAGUAUGUGCUCGAGCGCCGCCGCAACGCAGCGCUUCUCUCGCGGCUCCAGAACCUCACGGGCAACAUCCAAGUGUUUUGCCGCGUGCGUCCGCUGCUCAGCCGCGACCCGCGCGUGAGCCAUACGGUGCCGCUCGCGGUCGAUGUGCUCAGCAUCACGGACGUGGCCGCGCUCGAACUCAAGACGGAGAGUGUCUUUGACGACCACUCGCAGACCAACGCAGCGCCGUGGAAGAUGUUCACUUUUGACCGCGUCCUCGGCCAGCACGACUCGCAGAUGGAUGUCUUCCGCGAGGUCGAGCCUGUCGCCCAGGCGGUCGUCGACGGCUUCAAGGCCUGCAUCUUUGCCUACGGCCAGACGGGCUCGGGCAAGACGUACACGAUGGAAGGCACGCCGGACCAGCCGGGUCUCAACCAGCGACUCCUCUCGCACCUCUACGACGCGCUCUCGCUGCGCGGCGUCGUGGUCGCCGACACCGCAGGCGAGUCGACGUUUGCCUCGCCGCCGUCCAACCACGAGACGAUGUACCAAGUCAACCUUGGCGUCUUUGAGAUCUACAACGAAAACAUCCGGGACCUCCUCGAGCCCGACAACCCGCUCCUGCAGAUCCACACGGACGGCGACACGGGCGAGGUCUGCCUCCCGCAGCUCACGAUGCAGACGUCGUACUCGCCGACGCACGCGCUCGCGCUCCUUGCGCAGGCGCAGAAGCACCGUGCGACGAGCCGCACCAACGUGCACGACCGCUCGAGUCGGUCGCACUGCGUCGUUAUCCUCAACGUCAAGUCGACGACAGGGCUCCGCGGCACGCUGUACCUCGUCGAUCUCGCGGGCUCGGAGCGCGUCAAGGUCAGCGGCGUCGACGGCGACGCCCUCAAGGAGACGGCGGCGAUCAACAAGUCGCUCUCGGCCCUCGGCGACGUCAUGGAAGCCCUCGACCGCAAGAGCUCGCACGUGCCGUACCGCAACUCGAAGCUCACGUACGCGCUGCAAGACGUGCUCGGUGGCGGCCAGAGCAAGACGGUCAUGAUCCUCAACGUCGCACCGGGCUUCUCGACGGCCAGCGAAACGUACCGCUCGAUGCAGUUGCCGAGCGCUCUCAUCUCGGGCAAGCAGGCCUUUACGGAAAUCAAGAGCCUCAAGCAGCAGCUCUCGGUGGCCAACACCAAGAUCAUGCAGGCCAACCAGUCGAUCGCGACGAUGAAACGAGAGCACAAGCACCAGCUCGACAAGAUCACAACACUUGUCGAGUCGCGCACCAAGGCGCUCGAAGACCUCAAGGGAUCCAUGUCGACGCUCAAGUCGUCGAACGCGGCGAUGGCCGAGAAGUGGAAGCAAGAGCGCGAGGCGCGGCAGCAGGAAGGCAGCCACGCCGACCAGGAGCAGCGCCAGCGCCGCCAGUGGCAGUCCAAGUCGACCGUCACGAUGGCGCACCAGGAGUCGCUAGCCAAGCAGCUCCAAGCGCGCGAGCAAGAGAUUGCCAAGCUCCGCCAAAACCUCAACGAUGCCCGCCGCCGGACCACGAUGAAGCUCAUUCCGCGCCUCUCGCUGGACAAGGACUCGACGCCCGUCAAGCCGAAAUCCAAGAGCGCGGGAAGCAGCCCCGUCGAACCACUCAAACGUACGACUCUUCGGAGUCGAACCGGUAGUCAAACGACGUCUUCGUCAGGCACGGAAACCGAGUCGGACCGCGGCAGCAUUGCGUCCCUCGCCAUGCGUGCGAUCCAGGCGGCCAAGAAGGCAGCUGCGAACCGCCGCGUGACGCUGCCGCAGGACGAAGCGGCCAAGCGCAAGCGUCCGACCGUGCCGUCGCUUGCCACGACGCCGACGCGGACCUCGCUGACGUCGAGUUCGUCCAUGCGCACGCCCCUCACAACGAGUCGGUCGGCCAAGGUGGCGCGCAAGGAAGAGCCUGGUAUUCAGCGCCGAUCCAGCACGAGCUCAGCUUCGACGGUGAGCCGCACGAGCCUCACGAGCGUGAGCUCGACCGCGAGUCUGCCCCGCCGGAGCAGCUCGGCCACGACGCCGCCAAAGCGGGGGACGUGGAAAUAGAUUACCAAACUACAGCGAUCAACAACGCACGGC